GUCAAUCACAGGCUCUGGCCCUCCUCCAUCCGAGCCCAGCCUCCUCUCAGUCCCCACAACGCCUCUGAAUCGCCAUAUUGGGUACUGAGGUUACUCUGCAGUUUCUCUCAGUCCGGGACGGAAUUGACAAGAGCUCAUUCGGUCCCUCUGCAGUUUGUUUUGAUGAUUCGCGGGGACUAUCUUCGGCGUCAGAACACCGCAGAAGCCGUUUGCGCCUCCAGCUUGACAUACGCAUGGCAUAAGCCGUUUCACGCCUGUUUCGGAUCUUUCCCCCCGUGACGAGGAGAUACCCGUUGUUGUUUUUUUGUGUGUGCGUGUGUGUUUUUUUUUUUCUGUAUCUUUUUUCUUCUUCUUCUCUCUCGCUCUCCGGCGACGUGUUUUCUCUUAUGAAAACCGGACGCUCCUGGCUGCUCGAAGAUUCAGCUUUUUCGGGGGGUAAAAUGUCAGACGUUCGACUUUCAAACGGAAGCCCGACGUUGGAACGGACGGAGCCCCGGGUUACGGAACACCCGAAGCCGUCAGCCUGCCGAAGCCUCUUCGGCUCGGUGGACCACGAAGAGCUGAAGCGGGAUUUAAAGGGACACAUGCGGGAGCUGCAGGAGGCUGCGUCCGCCAAGUGGGGCUUCGACUUCGCCCGUGACAAGCCGCUGCCUAACGCCAGGCUCACCUGGGAACUAGUGGACCCCGCUGAGGUCCCGGAUUUCUACGUGCGGGCCCCGCGGAGGGAGAAAGGCGUCUGCUCUGGGAGUAACAAUGUGGAUCUAAACGGGAAUCAUAGCUGCGCUACGAGCAUGUCUGACGCACUGACGGAGUGUACGGAGAAGUGCACCGGGCUGAGGAAAAGAAAGCGUCACGACACCACGGCGCAAAGUAAGCGGUCACGCAGCAGCCCAGAUGAAGUUAGUUGUCCAACCCUGAGCCACUCUGUUGAACACACACCCAGAAAGUCCAGUCCCAAGAGGAAAACGUGAGGGCUGGCAAAACGAGAAGAUGCCCCCUCCCCCUUGUUUUUCCCUAAAUGUGGGAAACCUCAGUGUUGGCUUUUUUUUUUUUUUUUUUUUUUUUUUUUUCUCCUUUUGGAUGAGGAUCUACGCAGCAUCAGAAACAUAUCAGCUCUCCUGAAGACUGGGGAGGACGCUGUUGAAGCACUGAAUAGAAACACUAAAGUUUUUGGCACUCAGUUAAAUGUUACUGCCUCUAACAGCAGUCGAUGUAGCAGUGUGCAAUUAGGUUGGAUUUCCUUCUUUGCUCCUUUUUUUUUUUUACUACCUGUGUAUAUAAAUUAAUAAAUAAAUAUAUAUUUCUCUUCAUAUGUAGCACAUAAUAAACAUUAUGAUUUUUAAAACAAAUCCUUUAUGCUAAAAGUGUGAAAUUUGAUUUGACUUGAAGAAUUGCAGUGUAGUUUGACUUUUUUUUUUUUUUUUUUUUUCUGGAAAUGCUGUUCUGCUCGUGCGAAGUUGACACGGUCCCUAAUUGCUACACUUUAAAACAAAACAAAUCAUGGACUUCUUAUGGUUUCUUUACAGCGUGACUUCACUCCGUCAUUUUCCUAACUCGACGUUGAAGAAUGGUACAAAUGUAGCUCGUUUAUUUUUAAUUUUGUUUUGUUUUCUUUUUGGCCACAAUCUUUAGCUCUUGUAAGAGGAGGAAACUUAAAAAAAAAACAAAUCAGUGAGGAUAUUGUAUUUAUUGUUUGAUUUUUUUUUUUAGAGUUGCUUUUAAGCACCAGUUUGGACCCUUUCCCCUCCCCUCCUUGUUGUAGCUCUGCACUCCUCAGGUGCGUCGGACGAGCUGAGAUAUUUACAGAAGGACAUGCAAACCUAUUGACUCUACCCUGAUGUGCCUUACUGCUUUGCAGAUGGAAUGGUUUUUGUUUUUUUACUUUAGAAAGCGGUUAUAUCUCCUACAAUACCAAAUACAUGGUUGCUUUUAUGUAGAUGACUUCACAUUGUAUUUCUUUGUGAUAACGUAGGCGCUUUAUUUUUUAAAUUUUUUUUUCCUUCCAUUCCUUCCUCCCUCCUGCCCCAAUAUUUUAAACCUGCUGAGGAAGCAAGUGUGAGGAUCUCAAAGCUUCUCCUGUAUUUGACGAAUAACGGUUCGUCCCACAAAUAAAGUCGCCACACCUGUGUACUUGUGUAGACAUUUUUAUUUUUUGCAAUGUACAUCUGUACAUAUUUUGUAAAAAAAAAAUUAAAACAAAAAACAGAAAUUAUACUAAUUUAUUUAUGUCAAGAUUUUUUUUGUUUUUUUUUUUAUGUAGAGUUUUAAGAAGACAUGGGUUCUUGAUUACGGUUAUCCAAAGUGGCAUUUACGUUACUAUAAUUGUUUUUAUUUUGUUAAAGCAUAUUUUAUUUGGUAGAUUUUUUUUUCUCCCCCUUAUAAGGUUGCAGACUGAGCCUGAUAUUUGUUGUGCAUUUUUUGUUAUGUGUGGAUAAAAAGAUGUUGCAAUCAAUAAAAGAGAAAAUUAAAGUUG